AUUUGACGCCUGGCUUCGCUCUAGUGCUGAAGAUAGAACGACACUAGUGGUCAUGUGACCUCCGUCUUCUCUGAGCAACAGGAAGCAGCAUUUCAGGGCAUGCACAGCAAAAGUAGUCUGCCAUCUAUAGAGCCCAUCCAGGAACCUGCAUAUAAGAGUAGCCUGUCAGGGGAUGCCUGAAAUCUGACCUGUGUCUUAAGCAAAUUUUUAGAAAAAUUGGGCAAAUCACACAAGCAGGAAAUGAUGUGUCUGGGGAGUGGUCAGAACACCUCCAGCUGGUCUUAAAUAUGCAUCCUCUCAGGAAAAGAAAAGUUCGCCCCGAUGAUACUUGCAGUCAGUAUGGAACAGAAGAGGAUGAAGGCUCCACUUCAGAGCCUAGAAAUAAGGCUGGUCCUGCAAACAGAAUAGAUGAGAAAGAAGAGAAAUCCAUUGUCAUCUCUGAUAGUGACAGCUUGGAGCUGGAGGAAGAUGGUAAUUCCCAGAAAAAGGUAGCAAUCCAUCGGAAAACUCUGUCAGUUAAACGAAAAAUUGCACGGAUGACUGAGGAGGAGCAGCUGGCCCUUGCAGUAAAAAUUAGCCAGCAAGAACAGGCCAAUCAUGUGAAACACAGACAAGAAGAGGAAGAGGAGCUUUUGAGAAAAGCCAUUGAGGAGAGUCUGCAUAGUUGUAAAAGUCCUAAUAGAUCACCAAUUGUCACAGUUCGUGAUCUAUCAAACGAGGCAUCUUCUGGUGAAGAGGGCAUGGCUUUAGAUGAACAGAAUAAAGAACAUUUGUCACAGCAGUCUCAGAUUUUAGCUCAAGACUCUCCACAAAACCCCAAGGUGCUUUUGAAACGUUUAAGUCAAGACAUAGUGGAGAGUCCCAGCGUUAUUUUGUCUCCGAACUGCAAAGAUCCUUUACCAUGUACAGAAAGCUGCAAGGCAUCUUCUUUGUCUCCAAGUAUAAAUGACUUGGCCUACAUGUCACCUUCUACAGCUCCUUUAAGUCCUGUUUUUCCAGUAAAUUCUCCAUAUGCACGUAAAAUGUUACCCUGUAGAUUAUUUCAGGACAAAAGCACAAGUGCUGCAACGUUACCAGAUAAAACAGAGGGACACGCUUUACAUUGUUCAGAAAGUACACAGUUGGAUUCCUCUUCAUUGAUAUCUGCUUCAAAUAAGUCGGAACUCACAGAAGGUGCAAGUUCAUUGCAUAGCGCCAGUGUUUGUUUGCAGGGGUCAGGCAUCGGAAAUACCUCAGUGAAUAAUAAGGAUGCUUUUUCCAAGCAUGCCUGUCAAAGUUCUGCCAAAAAACAACAAAAUGACAGUAGUGUCCAUUACUACUGGGGUAUACCUUUCUGUCCAAAUGGUGGGGAUCCUAAUGCAUAUACUCAAGUCAUACUUUGUCAACUGGAGGUGUAUGAGAAAAGUCUAAAAAAAUCUCAGCUACAGCUCUUAAAGAAAACGGAAUAUGGUGAACCUAUUGAUCUAGCAGCUUCAUCAGAAAGAGGCGACCAUGCAAAAGACAACCAGGGCAGCCUCAGCCAGGAAGAUACAGAGGAGAUUAUAGAAUGUGGUGACCAUCAGAAACCACAACAGAGUGAGAUGGAACCUUCAGAAGAGACUGAUAGUUCUGACAUGCAGCCUGGUCCAAGCAAGCGGUCAAAGGCUUCUUGUAGCCAUUUCCAGGAAGAUGACUAUUCCUGUCAUUCUGAAAGACAAGUGAAAAGUCAGUCACAUGAACCGCGUACCGAAAUGCUGCCAAGUGAAUGUGAAGAAGUAGCACCAGAGGUUAUUGUAGAGAGUCCCAUCUUGCCAGCUGAUGUGAGAGAUGAAAAUGGUGUGAAUUCAGAAAUGCCAAUUGAGAAUACCCAGGAAGAAAGUGUCUGUCCAGAGACGCAGCUUAGCUCAGAAAUUCAGGACAAUGAUCAAGAGAACCAACCCGAUUUAACUGAGACUUCCCCAGAAUCAUCACAAGCUUGCUGUCUGAAUUCCCCCCCUCCUGAGUUGAUGGCUUGUGAGGAGCCAAUAUCAUCCCUUGAUGUGGAAUGCCCGAUGUGUGGUUGCAGGUUUUCCCAGACCCAGAUUGAACGGCAUGCUGCAUACUGUGAUGGGACCAAAGAUGAGCCACCAAUGACGGUUUUGAGACCGAGGAAUAGACCGUCAAGACACAUGUACAAUGGAUCACAUGACAGUGUUCCAUCCUCAGAUUCUGGAAGGCUGGAAAAAUGCUAUCUGUGUAAAUCACUUGUUCCAAUAAAAGAUUAUCAAACGCAUGUGGACAAAUGUUUGCAAUCUGCCGCACAGGAGACCCAGGGAACCCAGAUGCUAAAGGGCUCUAAGGAAACAGAACGAGAAGGCAGACUCCUAAACAUGCUGGAGCAGUCCGAGUCCAUCUCAGCAGAUGAAAACUAUAUUGCCUUAGACUUUUCAGGUAUGAGCCCUCCUAGAGAAGAGCAUGCUGGUAGUUUCGGUUCAAGUCAUCUGUCCAUCAAUGAUUCACCUAUAAGGUCUUUUGUGUCCAUCUCUGAGGCUAAAGAUUGCCUGGUAGACUUCAAGAAGCAGUUAAGCCGUCCUAAAUAUCAGCCAAGCAAAAAAAGACCUCAGCACAGAGGGAAAAGAAGAAGGAUGUGAAUUUUCAAGCCUGGAACAAAGUGCACCUGUCUUUUUGUAGGAAAUUAUAUGAUGAGGUGACAUUAAAGUGUAAAUCUCACCUAAACUUUAUCUUUUAUACCACAUAGAUUAGGGAAAAUGUAAAACCUCUGUCAGGUUUUUACUGCUCCCUGUAUCCUCAGUAGGGAUAUUUGCUUUCCCUUGCCUCACAUUGGUAGUUAUCAUAGGUACAGGAACUGAGUGGAAAUCUCCACAACAACAACAACAACCUGAGAGAGGUUCUAACCCUUAUUAAAAGCUAAUAAAUUAUUUGGAUGAGGUUAAACAUUAAAACCCACCUUCUUUACGCUAAAGCCCAGCUACAACCUUAAGCUGACCAUACUGUAGAUGGAUCAAAAUUUCAAUCCAUCUAUAAACGUACCGCUUGUACUGAAAUUUUUGAUUCACCUAUGGACAGGCCCGGUUGUACUAAAGUUGAUCUAUCUCUUACUCUGAGGGAUCUAAAUGUGGUUCAGAAUCUGCUGUUUGAACCCAUUGGAGAUUCUUUAUAGCCUCACCAUUCCAAGGGGGGUGUCUGAACUGGAGACUUCAAGAACCCUUUUUAAUUUUAUAUAGGACAGUGGUGUUGAGACGCAGGACUUCCUUUUUGCCUAAUGCAGUUCUGCCUUGCACUUAAACAAGGACAUUGUUCUCCUGUCCCUCUAUCUGGUUCUUGUUUACCAAAAGUAAAUUUUCCUCCAUUUAAUGUAAUCCCAGAUGAUUCCCUUGUGCGUAUACCAGCUUCUUGAUCACCAUCUAUCUCUAGGUGACUUGACAGACAAUCGUACAAACUCUGAUUACCCCAUCCCUGUCAAGGUGUACUCUACUAGAUCUGUGAGUACUUCUUGUUCUUUUCAGCAGCAAGGCGUUUUUCCCAGUUUGCAGGGUCACCGUCUGGUCCUCUGUUUUCUUUUUCUAAAUUCUACAGAGCAAAUAUUCAUACCUCAUCUGAUGCCAGCUUCAGAAGUUAAAUCCUUCAGGUGGCUAUUUGAGCUGCAGGUAGUAAACAUAUUUUUUCUAUUGUUUUUUUCAUUGGUCUGUUUCUUUGUUGCUAUCUUCCCCCUCGCUCUGUUGGACUGCUUUUUGACAUCCCAAGAGUCUAAAAAUUCCAAUGAUCCCUUAAUAGAUUAGAAGAAAAAAAAAUUCACUGUAAAAUUACUUUUCAUGGAGUCCAUUAAGGGACACAAGUCCCUCCCCUCCAUGUUUUGGUACCAAUUUUUGCCAAUGUCUGUUUUUCCUAUAUGACACCUUAUAACCUAACAGUAAAAUAAUUCCUUUGUCCUCUAAUGGACUCCAUGCAAAGGAUUUUACAGUGAGUACAAAGGUUUAUUAUCUCAGAUUGGUUUCCAACGUGUCUGGGAGACAGGGGUGCCUCAAAUCCCACAAUAAUGCUCUCUUAAGUGUCCAGCUCUCCCUUGGGGCAUGCUAAGUUCAUCUGGAAGUGUCCAAAGCUGGACUGGGGUAUAUUUUAUUUUGUUUUGUACUUUAUGGCUUUUUUUUUAAACCAUUUGAUUUUGGAAUGUGUGUGUUUGGGGGGGGGGGGUUCUGUGACUAAAGUGGAUCUUCUUUUUGGGAGGUCUGCUUUGAUAUCUCUGUGAUGCAAUAAAUUAUCAAAAAUGUAGGCCUUUCUGUAUGCAGAUUUACAUGAUUUAUGAUUCCAGUAACAAACAUUUAGAUCUAUGUGGAACAUACCUAUCUGUACUAGAGAAUUAUUUCCAUCUUGUAAUAUAUGUUUAUGU